UCUGAUCUAAGUUUCUAAAUUAUUCUGUUGUUAAUGACGCUAUUUGAUUCCCUGACAGUCCGUAAAAUAUCCCUAAGUAAUAUUUUGCGACUUUGGCAACAUUUGCAGCUAUCAAGAAUAAGAUGAAGCAAACGAGUCACAAAACAUUGUCAAAGUUGUUGUUGUUUUUGACUUUUGGACAUAGACAAAUUUUUCACUUCUUGCAAUAAAAGAAUAUUACACAAAAACAAAGAAAAUGUUAAAAAGUUGAAACCAGUACGAAACAAUCAAACUUUCAUCGAUUGUGGCUGAGUGGUAACGAAAAUUCCAAACCAUUUACUACGCAGCAACCGCCCCAUGGACAACAUUGCGUAGAGACCGUAUAGAGUUUAGAAUAAACAAAAAUAACAAAAAAAGUGAAUAUAUCCGAACUAAAUUGUAGUUAAAUUAGUGUGUUCGUACGUAGUAGUUUUCUUUGAAAUAAAUCUUCAGCUAAAUAACCAACGGAACCCAUUUAGCCCGGUUGAAGUUUACAACGGUGGCGAUGGAAAAUUUGCAAGGGCGUAACUCUGCUGGUAGUAAUGGUACGUUUUUCAAAAAAGUUUCCGACACAGAAAACUUGAAGGUUGGUCAUUGUGCCCAGCCUCUUCAUCUGGGAACUGAUAAUGGAGUCACUAAGGCUUUUGCAGUAAUACAGAAUGACUGCAAUUGUCGAAGUAGUGUUGGUAGUAGCGGUGUGUUAUGUGGUAAAGACAAUGGCAGUUGGCUAUCCUGUGGCCAACAACAUAUGAAUAAUAAUAACAACAAUAACUCGGCAACCAAGUGCAAUGUAGACUUACCAACAAUACCAGCUGUGACGGCAACUGAUGCGUCAUGUGCCGGUAUUGUCGCUAGAAGUGACGUUGCUGGUGGUGGUGCUGCGAAUGAAAAAGACUGCUGUGAAAGAAGAACAGAUGGUGUGGUGCGCACAGACUUUGGUAUUACUGAAAAUAAUUGCAUCGGACUGAUAGCAAAAGUGAAUACCGAUGCAGAGAAAAAGCUUAAUGGAUCCUCUAAUGCCACAGUUGUCACUUCCUCAUCGCCAGUAGGUGCCAUGCCUGUAACGUUAACUGCCAGUGGCGUGGCAACCACUGCAACUGCUGUAACUACACUCAACGACUUUAAUGAAUGUUCAUUUGAUGUCUUCUCAGCUACUGAAGCGGCGGCAGCUAGCGCUGUUUCCCCAAGUGCUUCACUGAAUAACUCCACCGAAAACUUAAGCUAUGCUAGUGAUAAUUUAUAUGGUGAUGACUUAUUGUUUUUGGAAGGCGACGAUGAUGCUAACGAUAUAAAUGUUGAUGCGGAGGAUAUCUCUCUCAAUUCAGAUGAUUGCGUUUAUGCAUAUCGCGGUGAUGGAGCCGAUUUUGAUCUAAACUUGGAUGGUAUUUCGGGCCGUGGUAACUGCCCUGGAAACAUCUGUAUGGCUGAUGAUGAGACCGAUUUUCUUGAAAUGGACUUCGAACCGGAUCCAUUAUCAGAGAUUGAGUAUGGCUCUGUUGAGGCUGCGCUUGGGCCAUCGGAUGCAUUUCUAAUGCAACGUGAAGCUUGCCAGUUAAGUGGUCGUCAUUCAGCGACGUUAGGACAUUAUAGUAAUGGUUCAGCAGCGGCGCAGAGACUCUUAUUCAGCUCGCCAAUAGAUGAUAGUUUGCCUCCACCACCCGCAAAAACACUACAGUCUCAACUACUUUUGAGCAAGAACUUUGCGCGCAUAACAAUGCACUUAGAUCAAAUUAAAGGAGAGAAUGGCGACUGUGAAGCGUUUGAGCGCAUACAAAGUGAUCGCGCAUCUGCGCUGGGCAUGGCAGACGACACUGUGGAUGCUGUGCCAAAUAGUGUGAUAAACGCGGCGCAGUCACUGCCAAAUGCAUUAUUUUCGAAUUUCGGGCGUGAUUUGCUGCAUAAAAAAGAGGAAUGCAAAGCUAGUCCCACGAAAGUUACAGGAGCCAAACCAAAACGAUUUUCCACAUUUUCAACAUCCUCAUCGACUUCUUCCAAGAACUCGUCGAAAUCUCGCAACUCGCUCCGCACCACUUACGCACUAACAGCACUCUCGAAUAGUGCUAGCUUCGAUGAGCGCAGCGCCAGCUGCACUGAGUUUCGGUGCUCAGCACCAAAGGCACGCGUAAGUACUGAGAAUUGUUUGCGCCUUGACACACAGCUAGUCUCUAACACAGCAACGACCACUACAACAACCAACAAUGAUGGCGAUGAUUUCAGCGGGAAUGAUGAUACCUGUCUGGACUGUUUGGAAAAAGAAUUUCUUGCGAGCACCAUUGGCAAGGCGAUCGAUAUAAAUGAAUGUCCUCGCUGUCGCAAACGUUCCAGCAGCAGCAUAGCGCUUUUCAAGCGUGCCGCACAAACUCCAACAGGCACUACGCGCUGUCGCAGCGGUUCGCCAUUGAUUUUCAAAGAUGCGCGGGAUGAUUGCAUAUUUGGUUCAGGUCUCGGUGACUACUUGCAGCCAAGAAAUCUUGACUCGGCCUCAGCUGCUUUUAGAGAUAUACGUAUGCUAAAGGACGAUAGGUGGUUGGGUGAUAGCGUGAGUUGUGAUGAUAGUGGCCCUUGUGCUAGCGAGUCGAGGGUGAAACCACGCUUGCGUACGCGUGUACGUGCACGCACAUGCGAUGCUGAGGUGUUGCAACAAUACCAAAAGAAAGAGGAGAGCACUAACCAAAGACAUACAACAACGGGUGAUAGUUGCUUCGAGGGCAAUGAGCAACUUUUAAAGAAUCUCUUAUUGACUGAAAAGGAAGCUGUCACAGUUACCGCUUUAAAUUUAAGUGAGGAGUUACUAGUGGAUGCUUUGAACAAACUUCAUGUAUCAUAUAAUUUGGAGCUGAUCAAAUCACAUCUACACUCCUUUGUAUCGAAUGCUGCCACGACAACAACUGCAAAUACAACGCAAAUACCUGCAAUAUCAGCUAUACAUAAAAGAAUGAAAGAAUUCAAAGAUUUAAAACAUUUACUCAUGCAUGAAUCCAAAAGGCACUGCAAUUACCCAAAAUUGAAACUCUUAAUAGAGUUGGCAACGCGACAACAAGUGGAAGUAGAAUUUCAGCGGGAUGCCAAUGACGUUACUGCACACACAUGUGUGCCCGUGAAAGUCGCCGAUAUCUUACAACAAUGGGUGCGUACUAAAAAUCUCAGUGUCCUGAAGCAUUUAGAUAAACGUUUUGUCGAGGCAAAUGUUUUGGGUAAAAUAGCAAAUAUCAUACGGCAGGCGCAGCAGCGUUGUGCACCGCGACGGCCAUUACCCGAAUGUAUAUUGAUACCACAGUUUUAUGCUGCUGGCGUUUUAAAGCUAACAAAGAAAACUUAAAUUUUACUACAAUAAGGCGCUGCGAUUUGUAUGGCUGUAUUAAAUUUACUUAUAUAUUUAUCCUUUUUUUACAUAUGUAUUUGAAAAAAAAAAAAAAACUAAACUAAAACUAAACCCUUGUUGUGCUAUUGUAGGCAAUAAGUAAACAUACAUACAUAAUCAUAAGCGUGCACAUAAAGCACAAAGCUCACACACUUACGCAUAUUGAUGUUGUUGUUGUUAUGCAUAAAUAAAUAAUGCAAAAUGAAAACACUUAAAAAAUUAAUAAAUUGAUUUCAAAUUGCGUAAUUGAAGUAAUAGGAAACAAGAAAUUCUAUAAGAAUAAAAAAUAAAAGAAAUUUAUUACAUAUUACAAUUGAAUAUAAAAUGCAUGACUUACAUACAAACAUAUAAUCAUAAUCAUAAAUAUCAAAUCAAAUGACAUUGAAGAAGACGCCCACGCAGAGCUCGCCCAUGUAUGGAGCAACAUAUACGCAUAAACUGAUAAACUGUUUGUUUGUAAACAUAACAAAUAUAGAUGAGAAAACAAUUUCAUAAAAUUUGUUUGGUUCAUAUACCCAGUGCUUAAAUGAAGGCAACAUAAAACCAGCAGCUACGCACUAUAAAAACUCGUGUAAUAUUAUUUUAUUCCUAUAACAUAAAUAUUUAAUAAUUAUAUAGUUAUAAACACAAACGCAUAUUAUAAUGUAAUUAUAUACUCAAUAUUAGUAUGUUUAGGAAAACUAAUAUAUACAUAUAUAUGUUUAAGCAUAUAUGUAUAAAAACUGAUAAAUAGUCGAUAGCAAUUAGAAUGUUGGAAUACCAUACACAAUCACGUGCACAUAUAUUCAAACAUAUUACAUGUAGGUAUGUUCUGAAGCCCGCUUACUUAGUAAAAUAAGCAGGCAGUUAGGAAUCACGGUCCUCUUUGCUGACGCACACUUUAAAUAAAGGUUAAUUAGAAAAGGAACAAGUGUAUGUUUGUUAAUUACAAUGAAAAAAUAUAAUAAAAUAUACAAUAUAUAUAUAUGUAUAGUGCUAAUUAGCAUGUUGAAAAGUU